AUGUCUUCACCAGUUCCAAUCUCACAGUUGAGUAAUUCAUUCAAACAAGCGUCGUUGUCACCAAAGAAAGAGGUUUCCACUUCGCCUACCUCUUCUUACCUCGACACUGCUCUGAGAUCAAGAGCUCUUACUCUUAAUAGACCUAAGAAGGCCUUGAAGCCUUUCUCUACGGGAGACAUCAAAAUGUUGAUUCUUGAGAACAUCAACCAGACAGCUCUUAGCACUUUCCAUAAGAAAGGCUACCAGGUUGAAUUCUACAAGACUUCUUUGCCGGAGGAAGAAUUGAUUGAGAAAAUCAAGGACGUUCAUGUCAUCGGAAUCAGAUCCAAGACAAAGUUGACCGCCAAUGUGCUUAAGCACGCCAAGAACUUGAUUGCCAUUGGUUGCUUCUGCAUUGGUACCAACCAGGUCGACUUGGAGUAUGCUGGUGAGCAUGGUAUUGCGGUCUUCAAUUCUCCAUUUUGUAACUCACGUUCUGUUGCUGAAAUGACCCUUGCAGAGAUAAUCUUUUUGUCUCGUCAAAUGGGCGACAGAUCUAUGGAGAUGCAUCAAGGUGUUUGGAACAAGAAAUCUGCCAAAUGCUGGGAGGUUAGGGGUAAAACCUUAGGUAUCGUCGGUUAUGGUCAUAUUGGUUCUCAACUAUCUGUUCUGACUGAAUCUCUGGGUAUGCAUGUUUUGUACUACGAUAUCUUGUCUCUUAUGUCUCUUGGUAACUCGGAGCAGGUUUCUACCUUGGAUGAGUUGUUAAGCAACUCUGAUUUCGUCACUUUGCACGUUCCUGAAACUCCAGAGACCAAGAACAUGAUCUCUACCCCUCAACUAGCCCAGAUGAAGGAUGGUGCUUAUUUGUUAAAUAACUGCAGAGGUAGUGUCGUUGACAUUCCAGCGUUGGUUGAGGCAUUGAAACUUGGUAAGUUGGCCGGUGCCGCAUUGGAUGUCUAUCCUGCAGAGCCAAGAAAGAAUGGUCCUGACUUCCAGGAUGGACUUUUCCCCGAGAUUGAGCAGUUGAAAACCCUUAAAAACGUUAUAUUGACUCCUCAUAUUGGUGGCUCUACAGAGGAAGCACAGUCUGCCAUUGGCAUUGAGGUUUCUCACACCUUGAGUAACUAUAUUAAUGAAGGUACCUCCACUGGAGCCGUUAACUUUCCAGAGGUUGCUCUCAGAGGUUUGGAUUGGGAUCAGAAGAAUGCUGUUAGAGUCUUGUACAUUCAUCAAAAUGUUCCAGGUGUUUUAAAAACUGUCAACCAGAUCUUGUCCGAUCACAAUAUCGAAAAGCAGUUUUCCGACUCUCGUGGAAAUGUUGCCUACUUGAUGACUGAUAUCUCGGAUGUCAAUUUGGACGACAUCAAAAAUAUCUACGAGAAGUUGGAGGGUACUCCUUUCAGAAUUAUCACUAGAAUUCUCUACUAA